UAAAUAAAAUGGAACGACUUAGAAUCACAAUAAUCAGUCGCUUUCAAGCCGCUGAUCAAAGGUAAUAAUGUCUUUGAAGGGCAAAGUUGUUAUUAUCACCGGUGCAAGUGCCGGUAUUGGUGCAGCAAUCGCUAUUGAAUUUUCUAAAAAGAAUUCCGAUGUCAUUCUUGUGGGAAGAAACGAAACUAGACUCAACGAAGUUGCCAUGCAGUGUGAAGCAAAUGGAUGUUAUCCGACUGUCAUUAACGCAGAUAUAACAAUUGAUAGCGAGGCGGCAAAGGUCAUACAAGAAACAGUAAAAAAGUUUAAUAAAAUUGAUAUUUUGAUAAACAACGCUGGAAUUCUUCGGAAGAGUAGUCUUAUAGACGGCAGUUUCUUAGAAGCGUUUGAUGAAAUUCUCAAAUUGAAUUUGCGAGCUGCGGUGCAUUUGGUUAAUCUGGCAACCCCACACCUUAUUGCAAGCAAAGGAAAUAUUGUCAAUAUAUCCGGUGUUGCAGGUAGACAGAUACUUGGUGUAGAUUAUGCAGCAUAUAGCAUGUUAAAGGCUGGUUUAGACCACUUCACACGUGGCGCUGCCUUAGAACUGGGAAAAUAUGGAGUGAGAGUAAAUACAGUUAGUCCAGGACCUGUGAAAACUGAGAUAUAUGACGGUGCCAGCAUAACUAUUGGUCAAGCAAAGGCAACACUGAAGACUGCCCUCAAUCGUUGGAGUUAUCCAGAAGAAAUUGCUGAUGUUGUUUUGUUUUUAGCUAGUGACAAAGCUGUUGGGGUUACCGGUUCAAAUUACACUGUAGACAAUGGUCUUUUAGUUAUGAAGUAAUUUUUUUGCUAAAGUAAUUUUCCUCUUUUAUCAUAUACAUAUUGUCGUUAAAUAAUUAGCAAUAACAUUUUAACAAAGCUUAUACAUUUAUAAACAAAAUAUUAUGUAAGGCUCUUAGGCUUAUAAGUUUUAUUGUUGUAAAUCCUUAUAAAAAUAAAAAGGCAAACAAACACAUUAAGUAUGUUUGCUAACGUUGCAUUAUAUGUUAAUAUCAUAUGUAUAAUAUUCCAGGCUUCAAAAACAAUAAACAAAUGUAGAUAUGUGCCUAAAAUACACAUGGUAAUUAAAAAUAUGUUGUUUUAAUCAUUAUUGAUAAUUGUUAUCAACGCUUUAUUUUAAACAGGCAGUAUU